GGAAGUAAACACGAAUACAAGCUAUGUAACUUCCGGUUAGAGUUACCUGAGGGGAUUUGAGUGCAAGUGUCACCUGUGAAUAACAUUUGAGAGGUUAAGCGGAACUGUAGUUGAAUUGUGCGGACAGCUCUAUGUGUCGUGUGUUUGUCAGCUCGCUCUCUGCCUGUAUAACAUGUGGCCCGUAAAGAGAACUUCAUUCUCCAUUUUUUGACAGUGACAGACUUUCAUGAAUUUUGGAAUAUAAUAAUUAUUCAGAAUGGGGCAAGGGCAUACUCGAUCUCAUCAAGGUAACGGUACCGCUGGAAAUGGAACUGAUUCUUCAUCUCACUCGUUGAGCUAUUCACACUCCAAAAGGAACUCGGCAUGCCUGAUGAAACUAUUCCAGAAAUUAGAACUGACUGCUGAUGAGGACAACUGUCACCCAGGAGAACUGACUAGAGUAACAUUUGAGAAUGCCUUUCAUGGUCCUCUUGACAAAUUUGGAAAGCUGCUGUACCUACAAAUGACACAAAACCAUGGCAACCACACAAGGGAACGCAUCACUAAGGAGCAGUUUGUCAAGUCUGGGAAAGAGAUCAUCAAAAUGUUUGAUGAGGCUGUGCAGCUUAAAUAUUAUUUCCACUUGUUCUCAGCAGGAAAGGAUCAUAUGAACAAAGAAGAUGCCCUACAGAUGAUCAAUGUAGCUUAUGCCCUGACACUCUCUGCCUCCUCCAUACCAUUCACCAAAACAAGCAAUGACGACAAAGUGUUCUCCGCCAUGGUCCAGAGUAUGUUUGGUAUGAACGAAAAGCUGAUGUUUGAUGACUUUAAGCAAUGGACUCAUCGCCACAGUCCACACAUCUUCUUUGGGGUUCACAACUGGGUCUACACCAUCAUGACUGGCUCCAAGAUGCCGGAGGAACAGGACGUCCAUGCCCCUGUACCCCUCCUUGAGAAAUUUGUAGAGGGCAAGUACUGCAUGUGUAUGGGGAUGUUAUGGGCACUGUCCACAGUUCUCCCACCCUCAUACACCCACACAGACAGCAAGGAGGAGGGUAGCGAGCAUCCGUCAACCUCCACCAAAAACCCACUCCUCACAUCUUACAUGAUCAUCAUGAAACUUGCUCGCCUAUCAAAGUGUCAGAGUUGGGCAUUAUUGUAUGACAGCGCAGAACAUGGACUCUCACAAAACAGAUUUUCUCAUCAUGUGAUGUCAUACCAAGGACCAACAAUGACCUUGGUCUCAUUUGAAGGUCGUAAUGUGUACUGUAUUGCAGAGGAUCAACCAUGGAGGUCAGGGGCGCAAAAAUUUGGAGAUGUGGAUACUAUGUUAAUACAGCUUACACCUGUCUACAGAGUUAUACAGUCUGGUGGCCCGCUAGUUCAGUGGAAUGAGCACUCGCGUGACAUGAAGAAGGGAAUACACGUUGGGAAGGAUCCCAAAUCUCUGGUCCUGUUCAUCCCCGCGGACUUUGACAAGGUGGAACACUACCACAUUCCCUGUGAGAUACAUAAGCUUGAGGUCUGGGGAUGUGGCUCAGAGAAGGCGAGAGAUGCUCAAAUUCAACAGAAGAAAUGGGAAAACAAGGAUGCAGAAAAACAGAAAACAAGAAAGCUUCGACUUGACACUAAUUGGGAUGAGAACCCAGACAAACAGAUCCUACAGUGGGGUGGUAUUAAUGUUGAUCACCAGCAUUCCAGGGACGGUGGCUUCUGAGGCAAACGUUCACCACAAACUCUUCAAAAAGUGUUCUUUUCUCUGAAACCUAUUUUUCCUAAGCGAAGGGAGAUAACACUGGUGCCUGCUGACGGUUUCUGAAGGGAGGCAACUCUGUGAUAAUUCACAGAAAUCAUGUACUGAUAAACUUAGGCUGCACAGAAACCAACAGCACUAUGGACGUUUUUGAGGGACAUCAGACCAUUUUACAAAUUAGAAGCCAAUUACUGUGUUUCUUGGAAUAGGUUGUAUUCCUCCGACUCCUGUGAACCUUAAAAUAUCUUUGGUUCCUCAAAAUUCAGGGUAUAAUCGGUGUAAGUGUAUUUUGAUGCGUGGUGUGACCUCUGUGAUAAAACUGGAGCCUACAACCUACAAGUGUUCUGUUUGAUAGGUUUGAUGCUUAAUCUUCAGGAUUUGGAAGUCUGAUCAAAUCAUUGAACUAUUUGUAUCAAGAAAUGUUGAUAGGACUUUGAGUUUUGAAACUUUUGAAAGAAGAUGUAAUUUUGUUGUAGUUGAAAGUUUUCAACAAACUAUAUUCCAACGAAAAAAUCAUUAAUUUGUGGGAAUCUUACACCAAAAGUGAAAUUAUUGAAGGAUUUAGCCAAUUUCUACAGAAUGAAGGAGCUUGAUUCUAUUAGAAAUAAAAAGAAAGUAUGACUAAAAGUAGAAAUCAAACCUUAAGAAUACUUAAACUCUCCUGAUAAACCAUCCUCCAUACUCCAUGAGUUACGCUCACUUUUGCUCUCUGCACCCCUGGAAUAUUUUGUCUUGACCAAUCGCUAGGCUGAUACCUGUCCUUUGAAGAUUACAGAGGAGGGACACCUGACUUCAAAGCCAGUCAAAUUUACCAUUAGGUGUAACCUGAGAUUCUUUUGAUGUUCAUCAAAGGAUUAAGCUAGUCUUUCUGUUUCAUCCAUAAAGUGGCACAGACCAGACUUCAAUUUUACUAUAACAUGUUCCAGGGGUGCAGAGAAUGUAAGCAAGAGUAUGGAGGAUGCUGUGAUACUAGGGAGAUAAUUAUAACCAUCAUGUGAUUGUAGACAUUAUACACUGUUGUCUUCAGCAGCUGACUAUAAACAAUGUACCAGGUAGGUUUGGCUUAUAUUGUACAGAGUAUAAAAUAGUAACAAAUUGUUGUGUAUAUUCCAUGAUUUCUGCUAUAUUUGUUUUAUUUGCUCACUGGUGCUUCGUUCAGGUAUAGAUCUAUUUAUGAAUAUUUAUUGUUCAAACAUGUUUAAGCCGUGUAUCCAUUAUAACAUAAAUUGUAGAAAUCCAGACAUUGUGUUUAUUUUCUAAAUGAUGUGAUAAUUUUGUGCCAUCCCGUGAAGAUUCCUGCUGAAGUGCUGAAGAUUGAUUGGUUGGGAGAUUAAGUCCUCGUCAGUGCUAAGGUCCCAUAACUUUACUGUUCUUGCCGUAGAUACUUCUUACAUUGAUAUUAGCUUAAAGAGAGAACAUGCAUGCAUGAUUUAUUUCUAAAUAUAUCAUCUAUAGUUAAGUUGAUACGACUUUUGAGGUUUUAUCUUUUAUGGGUAUAUAAUAACUUAUCAACAUUGUUGAUGCGGUGUGAAAUUGUCCUCUGGUCUCUUAUCUUGUAAUAUAGGAGGAGGCUAUACCUGCUGUGUGAAAUUGUCCUCUGGUCUCUUAUCUUGUCAUAUAGGAGGCUAUGCCUGGUUUACUUUUUUCCUUGUAAUGAAAUUUUGAUGAAAACUAGUUCUAAAUUAUGUCAAAAACUAAGUUCUUGUAAGAAAUUAUGAUGAAAACUAGUUCUACAUUAUGUCAAAAACUAAGUUCUUGUAAGAAAUUAUGAUGAAAACUAGUUCUACAUUAUGUCAAAAACAAAGUUCUUGUAAGAAAUAUUGAUGAAAACUAGUUCUAAAUUAUGUCAAAAACUAAGUUCUUGUAAAACUCCCUUUCAAAAAUACCCACAUUUAUGAAAUUGGUCAAGAAAUAAAGAUUUAAGCAGCUGUUGAAAUCCCUUCUUUGUUGCUAAUAAAAAUGGGGAUAGAGCCAGUUCUCAUCAAAAUUCAAUACAAUAAAAGAAAAAGAACAUAGCUUCCUAUAUUAUAAAAGUUGACCAUAGGACAAUUUCACACAGCAUGAUCAUUUUUGAUAAUAUAUUACCUACCUAUAAUAGGUAAAACCUCGAACGUCAAAUCAAACUUAACUAUAGGUGUAAAUGUAAAUCAGUACGUCAAAACCCACAGAGGAGAAACUGUCACACUUUAGAGUGAACCUCUAUUAUAAAAAAAUUUAAACUAAAUUAAUGAAGAUCGACAAGGAGGAGAUAUUCAUUCCUACAUAGCUUCAUAUGCAUUCCAGGGACUGAAUGUCCUAACAUAUUUAAUUGAUGAUCUUUUUUUUAACAGUUUGCUACCUGUUAGCAGUAUUUUUGUUUAUGUGAAGAUUUAAGAACAUGUAUAUCAUUUAUACCCUCUUUUGGUGUAUUUCAUUUUCUCUUUGUUUUCUAUUGGAAUGUGACAAUUGUUUUCUUAAGUUGUAAGAAAAUCUGAGAUCAAUGUCGGGGUAAACUAACCGUUAACAGGAGUAGAUGGUCGACCUUUAACCUCAUUUUGAGUA